AUGGGUUUAUCAAUUUCAAAAUUAUUUAAUAAUUUAUUUGGAAACAAAGAAAUGAGAAUCUUAAUGGUUGGUUUAGAUGCUGCCGGUAAGACUACUAUAUUAUAUAAGUUAAAAUUAGGUGAAAUUGUUACUACUAUUCCAACUAUUGGUUUCAAUGUUGAAACUGUCGAAUACAAGAAUAUUUCAUUCACUGUAUGGGAUGUUGGUGGACAAGAUAAAAUUAGACCAUUAUGGAGAUACUAUUUCCAAAAUACUCAAGGUAUUAUAUUCGUAAUUGAUUCCAAUGAUAGAGAUAGAAUUGCUGAAGCCAGAGAAGAAUUACAACAAAUGUUAAAUGAAGAUGAAUUAAGAGAUGCUUUAUUAUUAGUUUUCGCUAAUAAACAAGAUUUACCAAAUGCUAUGAAUGCUGCUGAAAUAACCGAAAAAUUAGGUUUACAUUCUAUUAGACAAAGACCUUGGUACAUCCAAGCUACUUGUGCUACCACUGGUGAUGGUUUAUACGAAGGUUUAGAAUGGUUAUCAACCAACUUGAAAAAUUCAUCUUAA